AUCAAUUCCGUGCGACCCUGAAGCCUCUGUCGCGAGAAGCCAAUGUACUCGUGCGACCACGAGCGCACGGUGCCGACGCAUACGCCGUUCGUUGCCAAGUACCAGCCAUGCAUCGGAGUCGUCACGGGGCGCCCUGAGCACCACGCCAUCGGGAAGCUGCACCCGCCGGCGGCGCCUGGCCAAGCACACGCCGCCGGUUCCGCGGCCCCGCAGCUGCCUCAGCGCGCCGCCAAGAAGAGGCACGCGACGGCGGCGCGGCCGUCGACGUCGCGCCGCUCGUCGACCACCGUGGUCGCGACCGACGUGUCCAACUUCCGCGCCAUGGUGCAGGAGCUCACCGGCUUCCCGGCGGCCGCGAUCUUCCGGCCGCUGCCGCGUAGGGUCCCCGUGCACGCGGCCCACCAAUUGGCCGCGGCGCAUGGGUGCGACGGCGGAAGUGGUGGUGCGGUGCACGGGCACAGCUCGGACGCAUCAGCUGCUAGUGUCCCGGCCGCGCAGCUGCAGCAGUGCUCGCCGCCCGGAGUGUUCGAUGGGCUGCCGGACCUUGGGUCGCCGGAGUUCGACUCGUGGCCCGAUUUGUCCAACUAAAAAGUAUUGGACUGAUCAAUGGAAGGCAAGACGAUACUUCGGUAAGGCUUUCGUAAUUGAUAGUACUUUCUUUCUGCUCAUGUAUGUUCGGGUUAGUGUUCGCAAGUUACAACAUCCUUGAAAGAAGUGAUAGCGCUGGUACACAAGCUUCCGCAAAAAUUAUGCAACACACUCAUGUAAUCUCAGUUAAUUCUUGGUUGUCUUGUUUGGACUCUGUUUACUUUACUUACAUGAUGGUUAAGGUUGGUUUAGCGGCAAUGUCAGUGUUUACUUUCAGGAAAGAAUUGCAUGAUGGACACAACUGGUUUAGCAAUUAUGUCAGUGUUCUUUUAGGGGUAGAAAACACCGGAUGUUCAACUGCUAGGAAUUGACAUAACUGUCAAUAUUCAGUAUCUUGAAUCGAUUGCUGACGUGAAUGUUGAACCAUCGUCACGAGCGACAGCAUUGUGCGGACAUGUUAAAAACAGAAAAAGUAAAACCGUCGCUGACAUAGUGACAUGUGGAUCGGAGAAGUUUUCUUUUUCUUCUAGUUUUUUAUUUU